AUGGAUACGGAUGACAUUGAAAAUAUUUUGGUCCUAAAGGAUUAUAAGACUGUGCCAGAUAUAGUUCAUGAAUAUAGUCCUACAUUAAAAUUUGGCCAUAUACCUCUAGUCAUUGAUAAUGGUUCAUAUCAAUGCAGAGUUGGAUGGUCUAUUAACGAAGAACCAAAUUUAAUUUUUAAGAAUUAUAUUGCACGCCCAAGGAAGGAUCGGUGUAAAAAGGAUGCUGAACCACCUGUCACCCCACCGAUACAGAUAGGCAAUGAUAUCGUUAAUAUAGAAGCUGUAAGGUUUCAGCUGAAAACACAAUUUGAUAAAAAUGUAGUAACUCAUUUUGAGGUGCAAGAGCAAGUGUUUGACUACAUUUUUUCACAUUUGGGCAUUGAUAGUGAAGGCAGUGUACCACACCCUAUUGCUUUAACGGAAGCUUUUGUUACUCCGAAUUACUGUAGACAAUUAAUGUCUGAGCUAUUGUUUGAGGGUUAUGGAGUUCCCGGAGUAAGUUAUGGGGUGGAUUCAUUAUUCAGUAUGUAUAAGAAUGACAUUGGGGAUUCAGCACUUAUUAUAAAUUGUGGCUAUCAUACUAUUCACAUAAUACCUGUGAUCAGAGGACGGGUUAUUGAGGAACAUGCCAGAAGAAUUAAUUUGGGUGGUAGUGAAAUAAUAUGCUAUUUACAUAAGCUUCUUCAACUGAAAUAUCCAGUUCAUGUGAAUGCCAUCACCAUGUCUAGAGCGGAAGAAAUUGUUCAUGAGCACAGUUCAAUUGCACUUGACUAUCAAGAAACAAUCAAGAAAUGGGCAAACCCUGAUUACUAUGAAGCUAAUGUGAUGAGAAUACAGCUACCUUAUGUGCAAACUGUAACUUCAUCUGGGUUGACAGCUGAACAGCAAAAGGAGCGUAAAAAAGAAAUGGCUCGUCGAUUACUAGAAAUCAAUGCAAGAAAACGUGAGGAACGACUAGCAGAUGACGAAGAAAAUUUGAAUCAUUUACUUGCAAUAAAAGAUAUGAUUGAAGACGGCGAUACAGAUGAAUUCAACGAAGCAAUAAAAGGUUUUGAUAUUAAAAGUUAUGAGGAUCUUCAGAGACAAAUAACGAAUAUUAACAUGCGCAUAGAAAAAAACAAGCAGCGCAUUGCUGCGGCUGCGACGGCCGAAGAGAACUUGGAGACUCGUCCGGCAGGUCGUUUGAACCCUCCUACUGAACCGGAGGCCUUUCAGGCCUGGCUCACUGAUACUCGUGCUAAGUAUCGAGAGUUAGUGGCCCGUCGCGAGGCUCGGCGUGCACGCCGUGCCGCUAUGGUCAAGCGUCGAACGGCGGCGGCUGCGGAGCGUAUGCGUGUUAUUUCACGCCUCGCGGCAGCUGGCGAUGACUUCGGGAAUCAAGACUCAGACUGGGAUGCUUAUAAAAGUAUAAGUCGUGAAGCGGACUCUGAUUCCGAGGCCGAUGGCGAACGUGUGUUGGAGUUAGAAGAAGCAUUGCGCGAGUACGAAACGCCUCCGGCUAAUUCUAGCCAACAUCAUCAACUACAUUUAGCUAUUGAACCUUUUAGAGCCCCAGAACUGAUGUUCCAACCGUCCAUGAUGGGCAACGUAGAAGCUGGUUUAGCAGAAACGAUGGAAUACGUAUUCAAGCAUUUCAGUUCUGAAGAUCAGAUGUUAUUAGCCAACAAUGUGUUCCUCACUGGAGGCUCUUCCCAAUUUCCAGGAUUGAAAGAACGAUUGGAAAGAGAACUUCUUGAAAUGCGACCUUUCCAGUCCACCCAUAAAGUUAUAAUGGCGAAAAAUCCCAGCCUGGAUGCUUGGUAUGGCGCCAGAGAUUUUGCUGGUAGCAACGAGUUUGAAUCCUGGUGCAUUUCGAAGGAAGAAUAUUACGAGAUGGGCGGGGAAUAUUUGAAAGAUCAUUACGCAAGUAACAAGUAUUACAAAAGUCCCGCUCCGAUAAUUGAUAACACACUUGCGCCUUCGGUGGAUGCAAACGUUGUGAAAGAAGAAAUUGUUGUUGAUUGCUAG